CGUAAGGGAAGAAGCGGUCAGGAAAAUGGAUGGAAAUGGAUGGAUGUCUCAUAUAACUUACUAUUUUAUUUUUUUUAUUUACAGUGAGUGUUAUUAAAUAUAUCAGAUCUAUAGCUAAUCUAAAUGAACAUGAAUCUCAAUGAUUUUACAGUAUAAAACAUGAUGGCUUUAAGUGUAAUCCAUGUUUCAUUUCAUAUCUUUCCAGCAGGAGUUCCUUUUCCGUCCUCUUCUGCGGUUUGGACGACUGGCAUGAGACAAACUAUGGAAGAUGGCGUCAGUGAGGUCCUGUCCAGCGUGGUGGAGGACAUCGGUGAAGCAGUUACCAGGAACAUCAGCGGCGCUCAGAUCCUGCAUGAACUACUGAGUGCCCCAUGGCUGCACGCCCUGUUGAAGAUUUAUGAGUGCCUCAUCCAGUUCCAGAAGAUGAAACCAAACCCCUUUCUGCCUUAUGCCUCAGGACUCUCAUAUGAGAUUAUGACUCUGAUACAAAGGGCUCCUCAUCCAUCUCCUGAAGCCAGAGAGCUUUUUGGCCUCCUCAGUUCACCACACGUGCAGGCUCUUCUGUCGUCACAUGACAGUGUGGCACAGGAAGAUUACCUUCCUGUUCUACCUCCACUGCCCGACGAGUUGCCUGAAGAUGAAGAGGCCAUGAGGAUUGUUUGUCUUGUGAAAAACAACCAGCCACUGGGAGCAACAAUAAGGAGAGACGAGGAGACCGGAGAGAUCUACAUCGCCCGGGUCAUUCAUGGAGGCCUGGCUGACCGCAGUGGACUUCUGCACCCUGGUGAUCUGAUUGUAGAGGUGAACGGGAACCCUGUGGUGGGUCUGGAGCCAGCAAAGGUCAUCCGAAUACUAACCAAUUCUACAGGCACAAUCCUGUUUAAAGUCAUCCCUAAUUCCACACAAGUCAGUAGCAACCAGAAGCCGGUGUACAUGAGGGCCAUGGUGGACUACUGCCCCCGGAAGGACUCCUCCAUCCCGUGUCCAGACGCAGGCAUGUCCUUCAGCAGAGGAGACCUGCUGGAGGUGGUGGACCAGUCAGACGCCCAGUGGUGGCAGGCCCGGAAGCUGCCCUGUGGAGCCUCCUUUGCUCGUCUGAUUCCUUCUGCGAGCACGCUGAAAAGUAAGCAGAGAGAGCAUUGGUGGUGUCAGCCGCUGCACGUUCAUACCUGCAUGAGGCCCCUGGCGUCGGCUGCUAGCGAAAAUGAGCAAACAUCCGGCGAUGACAAAAGCAUGACGGAAAUGGACAACGCUCAAGACAUUAAAAUUGAUGAGGCUGACUCGGACUUUACUGAGGGAAUCUACUUGGCUGGUUUCCGUCGGAGCUUCCAUGUCUGGAAAAGAACAUCCUUCAAGAAAAGGAGGCAGUCCUGCUCCUCCUGCUCCCCUAACAGCAGCGCCAUGGCCACGCCCUAUGAGGAGGUGGUCCUGUACCAGCGCCCCCCGCAGGAAAACCAUCGCCUCAUCAUGCUCGUGGGUGCUUCAGGAGUGGGCGUGAACGAGCUGAGAAAGAGACUCAUCAAGCUGAACCCCUCCACCUUCCAGGGACCUGUACCCCAUACCACUCGUCCAAUGAGAGAAGGGGAGCAGAUGGGCAGAGAGUACCACUUUGUCACCAAAGAGCUGUUUGAGUAUAUGGUCUGCAACCACAGGUUUGUGGAGUAUGGAGAGAGUAAAGGUCACCUCUAUGGAACAAGCUUCGAUAGUAUCGAUGAAGUCCUCAAACAUGGAAGGAUGUGCAUAGUUGAUGCUGAGUCUCAUAGCAUUCCGAUUUUACGAACAAGGAAGCUGAAGCCUUUUGUGAUAUUUAUAAAACCCCCGAGCCCAGAGAGACUGAGACAGACCCGCAAAAACGCCACGAUCCUCACUAAUGACGCCGUCAGCAGACCGUUCACUGAGGAGGACUUUGUGGAAAUGGAGGAAGUUUCUCGGCUGAUCGAGACUAAAUACAAACAGUUUUUUGACAGCGUUCUGGUGAACGACGGCCUCCAGGAUGCCAGCAUGAAGCUCUGCUCCAUCAUCCACCAGGCUCAGAACGAGCCUCAGUGGAUUCCUGUGAACUGGAUCCUUUCAGAGGAACAGUAAAGACAAAUGUGGAAAUGAAAGUGGAUCUGCUAAAAGAGGAAGACAGAGUGAGAACUUAAAAACAAGCAAUGCUGGGAUGAUAUGUGAACAACUGGGAUAAAAAAAUAGAAAUGUAAUAGAUUAAAAAAAAUUCUAAAUUCAUGAGGAAAGCAGUAAAAAGUCUGUGUAACUCCUUGGAAAUAAAAUGGAAAAACUGUUAAAAUAUGAAGUUACAAUCAUGUAUAGCAUAUUUUUUGUGAAAAAAAA